AUGUCCACGAUGAUCGAUAAUGCAGCGGAGACUGCCGACAGUCCAAACCCACCUCUCUUUCAACACAUCAUGGGCAGUAUUGAGACCAACCCGGACGUGCCUUGCGCAUUUCAUGAGCUCACGAUAUCUCAAUACCACUCGGCACUCAUCCAUGGACGAACGACAUGCGUCGCAGCAAUCACAGCGUAUAUCACCCGGAUAAACCAGUACAACAGCACCCUGAAAGCGAUUCUAGCCAUCAACCCUAACGCCCUGCAUGAAGCACACCAGAAAGACCAGGAACUCGCGUCUUGCGUUGACAAUACCGACAGGGACAACCCUCAACUCACUCUCCGACCUCUGCACGGCGUCCCAGUAAUUCUAAAAGACACUUAUACGACUGCCUUUCUUCCCACUACAUCUGGCGUUCAAGCUCUUCGCACCCUAACGACCGACACCUCAUGCACAGUCGUGCAGAACCUCCUAAACAAUGGCGCCAUUAUCUUGGCCAAAUCCAACCUGCACGAGUUCUCGCUGGAGGGAAUUACACUCUCUUCACUCGGCGGUCAAACCCUAAACCCCUAUGACCUCACCCGCACCCCUGGCGGCUCCUCCGGUGGCACAGCCGUCGCCCUGGCGACUAACAUGGGACUGGUAGGCUGUGGCGGCGACACAAUGAACUCACUGCGGUCCCCAGCGUCUGCCUGCGCAGUGGUUGGUUUCCGGCCGACUCGGGGACAGGUCUCCCGGAGAGGCAUUGUUCCAGUUACAGAAACACAGGAUGUUGCCGGGCCGAUGGGUCGAACGGUGGGGGACGUGCGGAUUCUCUUCGAGGCAAUGAGAGGAGAAGAUCUGGGAGAUCCCGCGACCUCGAACCCGCUACGAUAUCAAUCACUCAGCCAUAUACGUGCGUCCAAAAUAAAACUAGGCAUCGUAAAAGACUACUUCAGCGACGGGACCACGACCGAAGGUUUAACGAUCAACAAAACCAUCUAUGACGCAUUAGCUAGGCUUAGAAUCAACUCACCAUCCAUUGACCUCGUUGAGAUUCCUCAUAUGCCCGACUGGGACGUCUUACGCCUCCGCACUAAAGCAGACACCCAGGCUUACGAACUCCGCACCGUACUUGACGCAUUCCUCAACUCACAAACCGUAACCACGCCGCAAAAAUCCUUGGCCGCCAUCGCAGCAAGUGGCCAAUACAACUCCCAAGCCAUGACAGCCGUGUUCGACCAGACACUCCAAGGCGGUGAAUUCACUCCCACAAGCCCCGAGUACUACUCCCGACUUGAGAGGAUAGAAUCUCUCAAGGAGUCAGUGGAACGGUGCUUCCAGGAGUAUGAACUCACGGCCUUAGUGUAUCCGCAUCAGAGACAGCUUGUUGCAAGUGUGGGGUGCACAGUUCAGCCAGGUAGAAACGGGAUUCUGGCGGCGUUGACAGGAAGACCGGCUAUUUGCUUCCCUGCAGGGUUCAGUCCCGAGACGCCCUCCGCACCACUGGGCAUCCCCAUCGGCAUCGAACUAAUGGGCCAACCCUGGAAAGACCAGGAGCUGUUAGACAUCGCGCAGGAAUUCGAAUCCGUCCUCACGGCAAGAAAACCGCCCAUUUUGCACCUAAACUAA